AUGACCCAGUACAUUCCAAAUUCAAGGCUGCUAGGGAUUCAUCUCACUAUAUCAACUCAUGCUGGCCCACAAGUUGUAUACCAUUAUCCACCUUGUGCAGUGGAAAACGUAGUUAACGAAAAGAAUCAUAGUAAACUAUUUAAAAAUAAUUCGAUACAAACUCCUACUGACCAAUUCCAGAGGUCAAUCGAUGGAAAAAUAACAAACCAAAGAUCUAAAGAUGAUAACAGUAUUCAUAUGUCUUUGCCAAGUCCAAGAACAACAAAUGUACAGUUCGAUCUACAAACCGAUAAUAAUGACAACUAUAGUAUGAUGUCAGACUCAGAAUUCUCAUCUGGAUUAAGCGAUAGCGAACUAUCAACAGAUUAUUCAGAUGUAAGUAGUUUAUCUUCUGGUACUUACUCAGAUAACUCAGAUUCUUUUAGUGUACAUAAAAGCGAAACAGAUGUUACAAAUGACUUGAAUAAUCAAGAAAGUUCGAACGUCGUUCAACCUUCUUAUUCUCCAAUAAUUGAUUCGAAGGGAACAAAUUCAGAAACAAAAUCAAAUAAGUCUUAUAAGAAUAAAAGCUCACAGAUUAGCGCAAACAAAUUGUUAGAUAUUUUUAAUAACGAGAUUAAUUUCACUACCAGUUCAUAUACCAAUAAUAGCAACAGCAACAGCAACAGCAACAGCAACAGCAAUAGCAAUAGCAAUAGCAAUAACAAUAACAAUAAUAAUAAUAUUGGAAGAAGAUCUUCAUUAGGAUCGAAACUGUCAACUUCAUACUCUGUGAAUGACAAUGCAAGCUCAAUACAGAAUGAUGCAGAGGAUGAUAACCGAAGCGAUAAUGAAUUGAUUACUAUGCUGGAGCAGAAACAAAUAUCUUAUAAUGAGGAAUAUUUCGAACCUGAAGUAUUCCAAGACAUUACAAAAAUUUUUGAUUUCGAUGCUGAAUUUGUUGCUGAAUUCUGUAGCCCAGAAAGAGAAAUGUGUAAUACAAAUUUCGAAUUCACAGUGGAUAAUCUAAGCUUUCUGGGAUUCCCUAUCCAUAUAGAUGCUGAUGGCAAUUGGAAAAAAUCAAAAAAGAAAAAGAGUACUAGGUCUAAAAGAUCAUCAAGUAUAUAUACAAAAGAUGACAGGAAAAGCAUAACCCAAUCUCCAAUGAUUAAUAAUAAUAAUAGUAGUGAUGUUGAAGAGGAAGAUGACGACUAUAAAUAUAAAGAAACAGAAAUGUCUUCAAGGAAAAGUAUAAAAGUAGAAGCAAACAUCCCUUUUUCCCCAGAUGAUGGAAAAAACCUGACUAUGUUUCAUGUAUGUUUUGUGAUGAAUCCUCAUCUGAUAGAAUACAACCAAAGAGUCAAUGAUAUGUUCAGACAUAUCGUAUCAAAAUUUACAUUGGCACUUCGAUCAGCACAAGCAAAGAAUUCAUAUGUUUCAAAAGAAUGUGAUAUAAUUCUGAAAGAGAGAGAAGCUGUCAUGAAGAAUUCAAAAAAAUACAAAAGCAUAAGGGGAUCCUGUAACAAGGCUCGCUACCUCUAUCAAAGAAUUCUUUCAAAAUCAUCAUUAGCAAGAGCUUUAACAAAAUGUGUAGAUAAUAUUCAAAAAAAUGAAAUCUCAAGACUUCAAAUUGACGAUGAUAAAGUUCUGACUCUGCAAAUUCCUAUUCACGAUGAAUUUUGGAAGUUACCUAAAUUCAAAUUAGAACCUGUACUUAGAGGUUCCUAUCUAACUACAAUUUUAAAUGAAAGAUUUUUAGGAUCAACCACAAAUAAUAAUCAAGAAACAAGCGAUUGGAACAUAUAUUCGAGCGAGGAGGAUGCUUCAGAUGAUUUAUUAAAUUAUGCAUUACUUUUGCUUGAUGAACCUUCAAAAAUUAUUAAUAAUAUAGAUUCUUUUACCUAUAAGGAUAACAUCGGCGGUGUUGUGCUUAAACACCUCGUAAAGCAUCUCCAACCUCAUGUUCCAAUUAAUUAUUAUCAACCCUUAGUAGACGAACUCUUAGGCAGUACUUCAGGUGGGCUCUCUGGGGAAAGAAGUUUGUUUCAGGUAAAUAUAUUAAAAUAUUGUGCGUUACAUUUGCUCUAUUGGAGACAUGCCAGGGUAAUCAGUCCAAUUAAUUCCAAAAACACAUAUAUUGUGACACCAUUAGCCCCAAUUCAAGGAACUGCAAAGGAUGAUACUGUAAGUCACCACCAUAUCAACAAGGAUAAUCCUAAAACUUUAAUUUACCAAAAUGAGGAUAUAUUUAAGAAAGCAUUUCCAUCAUUACCACCUUUAGUAUCAUUUUUAAGUCUUUUAUCUAAUGGGAAACCACAUCCAUUCGGGACAAUUAUCCCAUCAAAGGAGCAUAAACCAAUAUACCUUGGUGCAUUAGCCUGGUUAAUAAGAUACGGAUAUGUCACACAGCUAUUUACUUAUGUUUGCAUUCGUGUCGAUAAACAAAUAAAGAUGGCUGUUGAUGAAGAUUUAGAAAAAGAGGGUUUUCGUACAGUAAAACAACCUGCUAUUAGGAAUGAUGUAAAAAUCGAUAAUGUAGCUGGUGGAAAAACCGACUCCAAUAUAAGUAGUUCAAAGGAUAAUCAUUUAGAUGGAAAAACAAGAAUUAUUGACUCUGAGGAAGAGGAUUUAACUCAUUUCCAAUACGAUGAUCCUGAUAUGGAGAAAGAUUAUACUAUAAUUUUAGAGCCUGAAAGAGCAGGUGCUAUUGAGAAAAGAUGGAUUCAUAAGUGUCUACAUGAUCAACCCGCCGAUGUUCAAGUUGUAUUCAAUAAGUUAGUAAAGUACUUUAAUGGUAGAACACCAAUUGAGAUUGCUAUUGUCAAGGAAGGUGUUACAAGACAUGAAUUUAGGAAGCUUUUGCAUUCCUUGAAUAAAUAUAUAGUUGAUAUGUAUCAUUGGUGA